AUCGUUAUGUCAUAAGGUUCUCAUCUAUCCCAUUGUUAUGACUAAACGCUUAAUCGCUUAUGAGAAGUGGAUCUGCUUUGACGGUGACACAUUGACGGUGGCAUCGCAUGUAUUGAAAACCACUUGGAACCCGUAAAAUGAAGUUGUUCGUUGUUGCUCUGGCCAUCAUUGGCUACCUUGGUAAAUGCCAAGGAAGUGCUAUGGUUUCUCCCGAAGCUUUGAAUGUUACGUUGGCAGUAUUUUCUGGUGUUCCUGAUCCUCAAUGGCUGGUCACCCCAAACGCCUUUAACUACCAAAAGAUCAAACAGUUGUACGGGACCGCCAAGACUUCGCGAGCUACGUAUCUACUCGAGCAAAUGCCAGCCAAGCUUGGCUACAAGGGAUUUCUUAUACGAGAAAACGGCCAAGAUCAAGCCACUUUGAUUCUGGGCCCAGCGACAAAAGAACUGCAGGAACAGCUCUUAAAGUCAAUUCCUGUGGGAAAAGGAUUGCCUGAAUCACUACAAAAUCAAGUGGCAGUGGUUAUCAAAAGUGGGAAAGUCUUGCCUGUUGAUCCGAAAGAUUUGAAGGAACGUGUGGUGAAACGCGCUGCUCCUAACUACGAAGGAGCGAGCGUCAUCUGGAAUACUAAUUAUGCAAGACCCAGAAACAACUGCUACAAUUACGGUAACGACAAAGCUACAAACACCUUCGCACAGCCAGGAAGAGGAAGUGGGCUGGUGUACGGUGGAAUAACUAAUGAUGAGAUAAAAGAAGCGUCCAGACGAGAUGGUCUGGUGAAGGUCGAUGCAGGUGCUGAUAUCCCGAAUAUAUCACCUACUGGUCCUUGGCAUCUUGUAGCACUUGUCGUUGAUCCAGGCGUGGAUUUUCAUUGGUAUCGCCUGGACAGUAAUGGCAACUGGUCUCAUAAACCUGGACAAACUCGUAUCACUAACACGGAUGGUGCUGGGAAUCUGAUCAACGACCCACGUUUAGCCGCUAAUGCACUCGGUGGCCCUAACUAUGCCUUUGUUUGUUUCAUGAAGACUAACAAAAAUACUGUUAAUAUCAGAUAAAGAAAAUGUCAUUACUGUUUCUGUUGCUUGAUAUGCUUGUUAGAUCGAAUAACAGACCUUUUUAGCUUGGCUGUAAUGUUUUAAUAUUUCAGACCGCGUGUCAUUCCCUUUACACUUGAAUAUGGGCACUACUUAAACGAUUCUAUUUUAAAGAGAAUGGCCCAUGGACUAAAAUGGAAGACAUUUCAUUCAAGCUAAGCUAUUCACUAUAGACGCCACAUGAUGGUUUUCAUAUUGUAAUGCAAAUUAGCCAUGUGGGGUCUUUCGGGGCAAACUUGGUAGAGUUAAGAGACCACUUUAAAAAAAAACGUUAAUAAGACCACACUUUAAAAAAAGUUGAUUUAUCAGGAAAAUGUUCACGCAGAAUUACUGGAAAACUUGAAAAUCAUAUCAAUAAUGUAAGAAGGCCAGAAAAACAUCUGAUUUGUACUGUACAUGAAAUCUAAGAUCUCACUUAGGUUUCUAUGGUAACAAUUUAGCCUUAAGGACGAAGUAACUAUUGGAACAAAAGAUUUAGGUUUGUUGACCUUGUAAAACACCUUCCUAACAAAGGUCACUAAUUGAAUUCUAUUCACCGGAUAAUGAAAGGUUCUUCUUAUUUACUCAAUAAUCUGGACUUGGACCUUUUGACUUUCAGCUGUUCAUAAAACCAGUUUAGUAAGACUUGCGCAGAAAAGACUUCCUAAGGACACGUAUAUUUUUGGCGUCCUUCAUUAUAGUUGUUUACUCAUAAAUUUUUAGUUAAGAAUUAUUCCCUUAUUUUUGGUAUAAACUUUGGUUUACUUAGAAUAGUAUGUUUUGACUUAGAAACACAAGCGACCGUCAUCGACGCUUUAUUCAGUUAAUCCUUUUCUAAAGGCUCUUUUUAAGAUUAAGGUUCUUAGGUCAAUAAGGCCAAUAUUCUGAUUUAUUUCUGCAACUCAGUACUUUCACUGGAAACCAGACUCAAACCAGUUUUCAUAAUUAAUUCUACAAUUAUGCUAAUUCCUUCUAUAGUUUCAGAUAGUUAGUCAGAAAAAAAGAGAGAGAGAUAUAUAGAUUGUUAGUCGUGAAACAGUCUUGUCACUACUAGUACUUGUGAGCGUCAAUAAAGAUCCCGUGGAAACUCUAA